GACAUAAACUUAACUCGUAUUCACACUAAAUUUCACGACUAGUAUGAGUAGGCGAUCAUCGUCAUCGGUGAUCACUGAGGCAAAUCCAGCCAUCCAUCCAUCCAGCCAGCCUGCCUGGUACAUAUAAAUUACAUUACACACAUCCAUCAAACAAUAACAAGAAGAAGAUCCAUCGAUCGAUCUGCCAACAAAACAUUUAAUUCGAUUUGGAUCCCCCUUCCCUCCUUCCUUCCCACAAAACAUAUAAAUUACAUUACAAAGGAAGUAAAGACAUGGCCAAUUACGGCAACUCCUCAACUGGUGGAGGAGGAGGAGUUAACAGCAGCCCGAGGUACUCUGGUCCAAUGACUCGACGUGCUCAAUCAUUCAAACGCGGUCACCACGAGAUCGAUGUUCUUCUUAACUCGCCUACAUCUGAAACCGCCGCCGCCGCCGCCGGGGGGUUGUUGUUUGAUUCCAUUCCUGAAAGGAAGCAGCAGCAUCGAUUGACCAAGAGAAGUGAUCGUUUGGGGUUACAUCCAUUAUUAUUAUUAUCAUCAUCAGACAAAGACAAUAAUAAUAAUAAUAAUAUUAAUAAUAAUCAUAUUAAGAAAAGAUUGACAUUGAUGAUAUGCGGGUGGAGGUGGAGGUGGAUGGUGAUGAUGAUGAGUACGUUGUUUGUUUUGGGAAUCUUGAAGCUGUUUUCUGUUAAUCAUCAUCAGGAUUACUGGGAUUCAUCAGUCCCCCAUAACAACAUAAAGGAUCCAAAUUCUCACAACAAUGAAUAUCAAGGUGAUGAGAAUCAUUAUGUUCAAGUUAAAGAAAACUAUGUGAAACAAACUCUAACGAUGGUAUCUUCUAGUAUAUUUGAUGAUCAGAAUCAUGAUGAUUAUUCAACAGGUAUAUGGACCAAGCCUAGUAGCGGUAGUUACACGCAGUGUGUUGACCAUUCAAAAAGUCAUAAGAAGUUGGAUGAGAAGACAAACGGCUACCUUCUUAUCAAUGCAAAUGGAGGCUUGAAUCAGAUGAGAUUUGGGAUAUGUGAUAUGGUUGCUGUUGCUAAGAUAAUGAAGGCCACAUUAGUCCUUCCAUCCCUUGAUCACACGUCCUACUGGGCUGAUGAGAGUGGAUUCAAAGAUCUGUUUGACUGGCAACAUUUCAUUGAAACCUUGAAAGAUGAUGUCCACAUCGUGGAAUCACUGCCACCUGAGUAUGCAGGACUUGAGCCUUUUGCCAAGACUCCUGUUUCAUGGUCAAAGGUUAGUUAUUACAAAAUGGAGAUCGUACCACUUCUGAAACAUCACAAAGUUGUGUAUUUCACUCAUACUGAUUCCAGAAUCGCCAACAAUGGCAUCCCAAACUCUAUUCAGAAGUUAAGAUGUCGUGUUAAUUACAUGGCGCUAAAGUAUUCAGCACCCAUUGAGGAAUUAGGAAAGACUUUGGUUGCAAGAAUGCGACGAGACGGAGGCCCAUAUCUUGCUUUGCAUUUAAGGUACGAGAAAGACAUGCUUGCAUUUACGGGAUGUAGCUACAAUUUGACAGCAGAAGAAGAUGACGAACUGCGUAGGAUGAGAUAUGAAGUGAGUCAUUGGAAGGAAAAAGAAAUAGACGGAACAGAGAAAAGGCAGCUCGGUGGGUGCCCUUUGACCCCUCGAGAGACAUCCCUUUUGCUUAAAGGGUUGGGUUUCCCAUCCACUGCCAGAAUUUACUUGGUAUCUGGCGAAGCAUACGGGAAAGGAACAAUGGAAAGUCUCAACCAAGAUUUCCCCAACAUAUACUCACAUUUCAGUCUUUCCACUGAGAGAGAAUUGAGGCCUUUCAGGAAUCAUCAGAACAUGCUGGCUGGUUUGGAUUAUGUUGUUGCCCUUGAGAGCGAUGUUUUUGUUUAUACUUAUGAUGGGAAUAUGGCAAAGGCGGUUCAAGGUCAUAGGCGAUUUGAAGAUUUUAAGACAACCAUCAAUCCUGACAGGAUGAAUUUUGUUAAGCUUGUGGAUGAAUUAGAUGAAGGGAAGAAGACAUGGGAAGAAUUCAGUUCUCAAGUGAAGAAGCUUCAUGUAAACAGAGAUGGAGGUCCGUACAUGAGGGAGGCAGGUGAAUUUCCAAAGCUGGAGGAGAGCUUUUAUGCAAAUCCGCUUCCUGGGUGCAUCUGCGAUAGAGCACAUGAUGAAUAGGGAUUCGCUAUGCAGAAUAUGAUUUAAACUUGUAAAGCAGCAGAAAUGCAGGUCGGGAAAUGCAGAACAUAGAAGUUCAAUUACAGGUGAAAUCAAUACAAAACAAGAGUUGCAGAUCGAUCUUGUGAAGUAUAUAUAUAUAUGUAUGUAUAUGCAUACAUAUCGAUACAAGGUCAGUCUCAUUGACAUGCAUCAUUCCUUCAAGUAAUUUGAGCAGAGCUGUCUGAAAUUUUAGAAUAUUGGCGCAGGCUGUAUGGUUUAGUUUGAGUAUAGGAUCGUUGAUAGAUGCUAUGUAAUACUACUUGUGUUCUAUAAUUAAUUAUUACAUCUGAUUAGAUUA